AUGGAGGGGGAAGCAUACAAUUUCAUUUUAGAUUGGAGUGUAGCUGUGGCAUCUCUCUUCUACUGUCACAGUAUUGGCAACUUUAUUGCACCUGGUACAACUCGAUUCGUGGCUUUGUUUCCUGCUAUGUUUCUCUUCUUCUAUCUUCCAUUAAAUCUGCACACCAUGUUUCUUUGUGGUCCAACCUUUUUCUUCAUUUCGUGGCUUGGAAGCUUCAAGCUCGUUCUUUAUUCUUUUGGUAAAGGCCCUUUAUCUUCACAGCCACCCCUCCCUUUAUCUCACUUCAUUUCUACCGCUUGCCUUCCCAUCAAGGUCAAAAGAAACCAAGAAGACACAUCCGACCAAAUCACAAAAAGGCCUCAAAGAUCCAUCAUAGAUUAUGCUCCUAGAGUUUUUCUCUUACUGAUAGCAAUCAAGGCCUAUGACUAUAAAGCCAAUCUCCAUCCUCUGUUGUUAACAUCAAUCUAUUCCUAUUACAUCUUCUUCUGGCUGGAGUUAAUCCUAGGUGUGGCUGCUUCUUUAGCUCGAACCCUAGUUGGCGUUGAGCUUGAACCACAAUUUGAUGAGCCUCACCACGCAACCUCUGUCCAGAACUUUUGGGGAAAAAGAUGGAACCUUAUGGUCUCUAGUAUACUACGCCCUACAGUCUACCACCCAUCUCGAGCAAUCUUUAGCCGUGUAGUUCCUGAAAGAUGGGUGUCGGUGCCCGCUGUUUUUACAACGUUUCUUGUGUCUGGGAUCAUGCACGAGAUAAUAUUUUACUACCUUGGCAGGUUAACCCCAACAUGGGAAGUCACUUGGUUUUUCGUAAUUCAAGGGGUUUGGGUCGGAAUUGAGAUAGUGAUCAAGAAAACCAUUGGUCGUCAGUUUAAGCCCAUACAAGUGGUAUCCCGGGUAUUAACAUUGGUGUUUGUGAUAACUACGAGCUUUUGGCUGUUUUUUCCACCAUUCAUGAGAUUGAAUCCCUUUGCUAGAGGUUGUAGAGAACUGUUGGCAUUUGCAGGGCUUUUUAAGCAUGGAUAUCUAAUUAGGCCAGACGAGUAUUCAUGUCCAUACUUUUAG